AUGGCAUCGGAUAAUGGUCAGGAUGGAGACAUCUUCAACCGAGCAGCUCCGGCCUCUAUCUCAGCGCAUAUCGUUGACUUCAACGAUACCGAAGUAAAAGAGUAUGCGAGCUACUUCGUGAUGACCAAUAAAGAUAUCCUCACACCAGGUGAAUGUGCAGACCUGCUUAAACUCGUCAGCCCACCUAAUGGUGCCCCCUGGCCUGCCGCUACAGUGACUACUUACGAUAGCUACCAGAUCCUAGACCUCAAUUCCCGUUUCUUCAUUUUGAAUGACGCUCUUGACAUUGCUGGUCAGUUCCCCAUAAUCCAUAAUGAGACGUGGCGAGUCUCUCAGCUAAGACACGAGCUGGGAUUUUUAAAGUACGGUCCAGCUCAAUGCUUUAGGCCGCAUUGCGAUGGGCAAUUUGUUGACGAGGACGGGGCUAGAAGCUAUCUGACUGCUCAUUUAUAUCUGAAUGGUGAUGAGGACGUAGAAUGGGGCGCAACGAGAUUCGGAGUGGACUUUGAGCAUCCUCGGGAAGGAAAAUUAGAUAUUAAUCCUACGGCGGGAAGCUUAGUAAUUUUUCAACAAAGGGACAUGUAUCACGAAGGGGUUAUAGUGACAAAGGGAACAAAGUACACCAUGAGGACAGACGUCAUGUAUGAGAAAGCUUAG